GUGGAGACGGUGCAGGUGCUACGGGACACGGCCAACCGCCUGCGCAUCCACGCCAUUAGGGCCAGUUGCGCUUCAGGCUCCUGCCACCCCACUUUGAGCAGCAGUGCUGCUGAGAUCAUGGCUGUGUUGCUGUUCCACACGAUGUGCUACAAACAGUCAGACCCAGAGAACCCGAACAACGACCGCCUCGUUCUUUCCAAGAAACUGCCAUUUAUGGAUGUGUCAUCAGGCUGGAUGGAACAAAGCCUAGGCGCUGCAUGUGGGAUGGCUUAUACCGGCAAGUACUUCGACAAGGCUAGCUACCGGGUCUUCUGCCUGUUGGGUGAGAGCGAGGCCUCAGAAGGCUCUGUCUGGGAGGCUUUGGCCUUUGCUUCCCACUACAGCCUGGACAACCUCGUGGCAAUCUUCGACGUGAACCGCUUGCGCCAGAGCAAUGCCCUGCCUGUCGAGCAAUGCACUACCAUCUACCAACAGCGUUGUGAGGCCUUCGGGUGGAAUACUUACGUGGUGGAUGGCCAUGACGUGGAGGCACUGUGCCAGGCAUUUUGGCAAGCAGCUCGAGUGAGGGAGAAGCCCACAGCAGUGGUGGCCAAGACUUUCAGGGGCCGGGGAAUUCCAAAUGUUGAAAGUGCAGAAAAUUGGUAUUCAAAGCCGAUGCCCCACGAGCGAGCAGAUGCAAUUAUCAAAUUAAUUGAGAGCCAGAUAGAGACCAACAGGGAACUCGUGCCAAAGCCUCCUGUUGAAGACUCACCUCAGAUCGAUGUCAUGGAUAUAAAACUGACCAUACCACCUGCUUACAGAGUUGGUGACAAGGUGGCUACUCGCAGAGCAUACGGCCUGGCCCUGGCUAAGCUGGGCCAUGCCAACAAGAGAGUCAUCGUCCUGGACAGUGACACCAGGAACUCCACCUUCUCAGAGAUGUUCCAGAAGGAACACCCCGAGCGCUUCAUCGAGUGCUUCAUCGCUGAGCAGAACCUGGUAAGUGUGGCCCUGGGCUGUGCCGCACACGGGCGAACCAUCGCUUUUGCCAGCACCUUCGCUGCCUUUUUGAGCCGAGCAUUCGAUCAGAUCCGGAUGGGAGCCAUCUCUCACUCCAACAUCAACCUUGCCGGUUCUCACUGUGGGGUUUCCGUCGGUGAUGACGGACCCUCACAGAUGGCCCUGGAGGACCUGGCAAUGUUUCGUGCCAUCCCCAAUUGCACUAUUUUCUAUCCGAGUGAUGCCGUGUCCACAGAGCACGCCGUUUAUUUGGCCGCCAGAGCCGAGGGCAUGUGCUUCAUCCGGACCAGCCGGCCCGACACGGCGGUGAUCUAUUCCCCAGAGGAACGCUUUGAGAUUGGACAGGCCAAGGUCAUCCGCCAGAGCAUCAACGACAAGGUCACAGUUAUCGGAGCUGGGGUGACUCUGCACGAAGCCUUAGCAGCUGCCGCUGAGCUUGCCCAAGAAGACAUUCCUAUCCGUGUCAUUGACCUGUUUACCAUUAAACCCCUGGAUGCUGCCACUGUCAUCUCCAGUGCAAUAGUCACCGGCGGCCAUGUUAUCACCGUGGAGGACCACUACCAAGAAGGCGGCAUUGGGGAAGCUGUCUGUGCAGCUGUCGCCAUGGAGCCUGACAUCCUGGUCCACCAGCUGGCAGUGUCAGGAGUGCCACGAAGCGGGCAGCCCAGCGAGCUGCUGGACCUGUUUGGAAUCAGCGCCAGACACAUCGUAGAGACCGUGAGACGCAUCAUCGCAAACCAGGAGUGCUGA